ACGGUGUCAGACUCAAUUCCUCCUCCUCCUCCUCUGCUUCCUCCUCCCUCGGAGGAAAUCUGCCCCUUCUAGCUGUCCUGCCCUCCCCUUUAAAGGGCCACUUUCCCCGAGCCCGGCCGCGGCUCCAACCCUCUCCGCCUCCCGCUCAGCCCAAGCACCCGCCGCCCGCGCAGCUCCGGCCCGAGAGCUGCGCCGAGAUGGACAGCAAGGCUCUGCUCCUGGUGCUCCUGGGCUCGUGGCUCCAGAGUCUGACCGCCUCCCGGGGAGGGGUAGCCGCCGCCAACGGAGGAAGAGAUUUUAUGGACAUUGAAAGUAAAUUUGCCCUAAGGACCCCCGAGGACACAGCUGAGGACACUUGCCACCUCAUUCCUGGAGUGACAGAAUCUGUGGCUAACUGCCACUUCAACCACAGCAGCAAAACCUUCGUGGUGAUCCAUGGCUGGACGGUGACAGGAAUGUAUGAGAGUUGGGUGCCGAAACUUGUGGCUGCCCUGUACAAGAGGGAACCAGACUCCAAUGUCAUCGUGGUGGACUGGCUGUUGAGGGCCCAGCAGCACUAUCCAGUGUCUGCAGGCUACACCAAGCUGGUGGGAGAAGAUGUAGCCAGGUUUAUCAACUGGAUGGAGGAUGAAUUUAAUUACCCUGUGGACAAUGUCCAUCUCUUGGGAUACAGUCUCGGAGCCCACGCUGCUGGCAUUGCUGGAAGUCGGACCAAUAAGAAGGUCAACAGAAUUACAGGCCUGGAUCCAGCCGGCCCCAACUUUGAGUAUGCAGAAGCUCCCAGUCGCCUUUCUCCUGAUGAUGCAGAUUUUGUAGAUGUCUUACACACAUUCACCAGGGGGUCACCAGGACGAAGCAUUGGAAUCCAGAAACCAGUGGGGCAUGUUGACAUUUAUCCCAAUGGAGGCACUUUUCAACCCGGAUGCAACAUCGGGGAAGCUAUCCGUGUGAUUGCAGAGAGGGGCCUUGGAGAUGUGGACCAACUAGUGAAGUGCUCCCAUGAGCGCUCCAUUCAUCUCUUCAUCGACUCCCUGUUGAAUGAAGAGAACCCAAGUAAGGCCUACAGGUGCAACUCCAAGGAAGCCUUUGACAAAGGUCUCUGCCUGAGUUGCAGAAAGAACCGGUGCAACAACGUGGGCUAUGAGAUCAACAAGGUCAGAGCCAAAAGAAGCAGCAAGAUGUAUCUGAAGACUCGUUCCCAGAUGCCCUACAAAGUCUUCCAUUACCAAGUAAAGAUUCACUUUUCUGGGACUGAAAGUAACACGCAGACCAACCAGGCCUUCGAGAUCUCUCUGUAUGGCACGGUGGCCGAGAGUGAGAACAUCGCCUUCACCCUACCCGAAGUGUCCACAAAUAAGACGUACUCCUUCCUGAUCUACACGGAGGUGGACAUUGGAGAGCUCCUAAUGCUGAAGCUCAAGUGGAAGAGUGACUCCUACUUUGCCUGGUCAAAUUGGUGGAGCAGACCUGGCUUCACCAUCGAGAGGAUCAGAGUCAAAGCAGGAGAGACGCAAAAGAAGGUGAUGUUCUGUUCCCGGGAGAAAGUGUCGAAACUGCAGAAGGGAAAGGGCUCUGCGGUGUUCGUGAAAUGCCACGACAAGUCUCUGAUUAAGAAGUCUGGCUGACACUGGGCAAGUAUGCAGAAAGAAGACUAGCAUAUGAACUCUGUGAAGAAUGAAGCGAACAAAGUGAAUUUUAUGAAAGAUGUCCAAUGCUUUGGGUGUUUAAAAGUUGAUUUCCCUAAGUAUUAAUCCAAGCUAUACCCUUCUUAGUUAAAUUAAGAGACAAUCUCAAAUACUAAAAACUGGCUAAUUCAAUUCGAGGACUCUAGUGGCCAAAUUGCACAUCCUCCAACAUUAAAAGAUGAUAGACAUAAAAAGCACUGCGCUUUGUCCCUUGAGGAAAAAAAUUGUUUGUGCCCAUAGUAAAAUAUGGCUUCUUCGUGUGGCUGGUUUGGCUAUGGUCGAAAAUUCGUUAGAACCACUAUUUUAAUUAAAAUAGUAUUUUUAAUUAAAAACCAUUAUUUUAAUUAAAUUCUGGGUUUUGGGGACUGAAGCCUUCUCAAAGUUUUCCUCAAGUCAGAAUAUAGAAAAUAAUUUUCUGUAGCAUGAUCAUUUCAGAUCCAUUUAUUUAGCAGUGAAAAUAUCUGAUCUUUUAGAAUGAUUCUCUUGCCACUGGGAUGUGGCCCAGGAGUUAACCAAAUCAUGUGACAAGGAGAGAGGGAGAAUGAAUGGGGCUGAUGAAGUACCGAGCUUUGGCCCCCUGACGUGCAUCAUGACAAAGUUACAUGUGAUUUUAUUUCCUAAUCUCUCUAUCCUCUGUUUUCUUUGUAUUAAUAUUAUAUUUUAACAGUGUUCUCUGGAUAGAUGUUGAAAAUGAACCUGUAAAUCCUCAGCUGAUGCAUAAUUUGGACUAUGGAAAAAGAAAAAUAAUCAUACUUGUAUUUUCAGAUUUUUCAAAUUGUCUAUAUCUGUUUAGAAUCAUUUACUAUCUGAUACUUACUAUUUAGUUUCAGGUUUACUGUGAUCAUGGCUCAGUCAUAGCUCUUUAUUUCUGGCUUGUAUGUGUUCAAGUUCAAAUAUUGCUUCAUGCAAAGUAAAAAUUUUAGACAAAAACCACUUUUAUUAAGUGAAAAAAGAAAUGUUCCUGGGAUCUAUGAAUAAGCAAUGCUUAUAAACCAUUGUGUGUGAGGAAGAGAAUCCUUGACUGCCGGAGCCACACGAAGUGCCAGCAGGGCUGUUAUCAUUGUUUUUAACAACUAAUCAAGAGUGAGUGAACAAUUAUUUGUAAGCUAGGUCUCAUAUGUUCAGAAUGCUUUUCUAUAUGUUAAUGCAAAAUGAUAAAGUCAUACGUCUCAGAGGUUAUUGCUGGGAAUCCAAUCUGUGAAAGUGUGGGGUGUCUGAACACAUACUCACAUAUGAACCCCCACAUGUAUACUUGUCAUUCAGCAUGAUUUGGAACCUGACCAGUCAAGGGAUGUAUUGAGUCAUAUUGGAGUAGAAAUAAUUCCAGAUGAGCCAGAGCAUCAGCCCUUUAUUGGAGAAAGAUAAUUAUACCUAUACAAUGUAGCCCAAAUGCUGUGAUUAACUCCAUCAGGCUUGGAAUGAAUUCUCUCAACAAUAAAAUGAUGUAUGAUUUGUCA